UGAUAGCAACAUGGCGGAGAUGAUUGAAAGCGAAUCUGCUGAAACAUUACUAUCUAUAAAAAAUGGUGGUUAUCCGUCGAUCGACGAAAUUAAAACUGAAAUAAUAGAUGAUGAUACAAUGGAUUUGGAUGAUCAACAAAUCUCGAAUAACUCGAUGGAUUCGCACAUGGAUACGGAAGAAUCUGAUCCGAUCCCUGAACUUGGUCCCGCUGCUUUAGGACUUCAAAGAGUAGGUACUCAACCUCCGCCAAAGCCAAAUCCUCCUACUCAACCAGUUCAAGUUCUAAACCGGAGAGGAAUGCCGGCAAGAAUAAGAAAAAAAAAUAAAUUAUUUUACGACGAUAUAUUAGUUAAUCAUCCACAUCACAGAAUUAAAAAGGAUCCAUCCCAUCCAGACGCUAAACAAUCUCCCAAAAAAGUACCUAGACCAUCUCCAGCAAAAAAGCAAAAUAGACUAAACAACGAGCCACGAAAAAAUAGUAAUAUGUUAAUCCAGUCGUUAACGCCUGCAGUGACGCCAAUUAAACAGGAAAAAGAGCCCGAUAAACCAUUACAACCUUCGUCUCCAGAUCGUAAAAUUGGACAAAAAAUUGGUAUGAGAUUGAGAAAUUUAUUGAAGUUACCAAAAGCACACAAAUGGGUUUGUUACGAGUGGUUUUAUAGUAACAUUGAUAAAACACUUUUCGAAGGCGAUAAUGAUUUUAUGAUAUGCUUGAAGGAAUCGUUUCCACAAUUAAAAACUCGGAAAUUAACUCGCGUUGAAUGGUGUAAAAUAAGAAGGAUGAUGGGUAAACCACGACGGUGCUCUCAAUCGUUUUUUGAAGAAGAAAGACGAGAGCUAGAAAGAAAAAGACAAAAAAUUCGAAUGCUACAACAAAGAAAAGCUGCGGAUGUUAAUAGUUUCAAAGAUUUACCACCAGAAAUACCAUUGCAAUUAGUAAUAGGUACGAAAGUUACGGCAAGACUGAGGAAACCACAAGAUGGAUUAUUCACUGGAAGUAUCGAUGCAGUGGAUACUAGUAAUAAUACAUAUAGAAUUACAUUUGAACGAGCUGGACUUGGAACACAUAGUGUUCCAGAUUAUGAAGUAUUGUCAAAUGAGCCACCGGAAACAAUAAGCGUUGCUUCGUUUGCUCAAAAGUUUAGACCGAGACAUGUACAAUAUGUACCUUCUCCGCCAUAUGCAAUGAAGUUAAUGUCUCCGCGUCUGAAUAAUGAUCCUUUAAUAUCUAACGCUUCUGUAAAUUUGCCAAAGAAAUCUCAUAUUGGUGGAACAAUGAAUGGUUAUCCUUUAAAAUUGCUUGAAUUUAUGGUAAAAGUAAAUAAAAUACUAGCUGCGAAAAAGAUAAAAAUUAAAAAAUUAAAAGAGAUGAACAGUGAAGCAGAAAAAAGACGAUCUUUUGGGGAACCACUUUCACCAGAUUUUGAAAGAAGAUACGCAGGAAUUGUGGUUGAAUUAGAGAAGAUGAAUACUGCUCUUCAGGACUUUCUUAACGAUGUCCAAGAGUUAUGUCAAGAAAUGGCUCCUGAACCGAGCGUGGCUGCUAUGCUAGCCCCGUCUCACCUUCGCGAGAAAUGUAGGCAAGAAGCUGCAGAUAUGGUCGCUAGAAAUAAUACCGUCAAUGACAAAGAGCCUGGAAAAAUGACGCAAUUGGUAACAGAUUUAACCGCUCUUAUGCUUCAAGUGAAGAGUCUAUCCGAUUCAGAUCGAAAUGCAUACGAGUUAAAAGUAUUACAGGGCACUAUGGAACAAAUACGUUCAAAACUGAGUCCACAAAAUCAACAAGUUUUUCAAAAUUGUGUCGAAAUACAUAUGCAACAUAUACAAUUAGGUCUCGGACAAAGAGGUGCUUUAACACCAUUUAUGGCCCAAAGGGCUUAACAAAUGUAAAAGUAAUCUUCGCAAUACUUUUAACAGAUGUACAUACAUUACUAAAACACGAUAUAGAACGUAACACACUUGAAUAUUUUAUAAGAAAAUCGAACUUUAUUUUAUUAUAUUUUGUAUAGGGCAUAUCAUUAUUAAAGAGUACCUAUAUUAGUAGAAUACAAAUGUGUAUUACACUAUUUCUGUACAUACGAUGUUUCUAAAAAUGUUUUUCCAAGCUGCAUUCUAUAGAUGCGUUUUAGGGUAAUUAUGCUGUGCUGUUAUUUUGCAUUAAACGUUUAAAAAUGUUCACGUUUGAAAGAUUUACAUGUCAGCUUUGCAAUUUAAAUACAACACGAAGUUAUCUAUCAAUGACUAAAUCCAAGUUACAUUAAUACAA